AUGGCAGACGUAGACAUGGCGGAUGCGCCAAUAGCGCCGGCCAAGACCAAGACUUCCAAAGCCGCCGCCGAAGGCUCGACGGACGGAAAGAAGAAAUUCGAGGUGAAGAAGUGGAAUGCUGUUGCGCUGUGGGCGUGGGACAUUGUUGUCGACAACUGCGCCAUUUGCCGAAAUCACAUCAUGGACCUGUGUAUUGAGUGUCAAGCCAACCAGGCGUCCGCAACAAGCGAGGAGUGCACCGUCGCCUGGGGUAUCUGCAACCACGCUUUCCACUUCCACUGCAUCUCGCGCUGGCUCAAGACUCGCCAAGUGUGCCCCCUCGACAACCGCGACUGGGAGUUCCAGAAAUACGGUCGAUAG